AAAGAAAACAAAAAACAACGCAGAUUGCAUCACGUUUAGCAAAUUUCUACCGGUUUUCGUUAAAUUUUCUGAAAUUCUAUACCUGAAUUGCUUCAAAACAUCACCUUCACAUCACAAGUUUCCGGAAUGUGGCCCAUCCUUUUGCACUUCCUGCGAACGAACGCCGUUUACAUCACGCUGCCGGUAGCAGCCCUGGUCGGUGUCGUCGGAUACAACCUGGAGAAUCUGCUGUCCGAUAAAUACACUCCCUACAGCGAAUCCAUCGAGGAGAAACGGGUGGAACGAAUUACCGACGAUGAGCACCUGAAAGACGCCACGAAGGUCGAUAAGCUUGUCUACAAAGAGAAUGUUCUGGGACGGAACCUUUCGCCUUCCCUGGAGAAGAAGUAGCUGGCACCGACCUGGACUUUAGGCCUGGUUCUUGUAUUAGAAAAGUUCAUCUGUAAAUAAACGGGUCAUAUAAUUUUGAA